AUGGGCCGGGCCCCCGGGGAGCCCUCACGACGGGCUGGGGGGCGGGACCGCGAACGCCUGGGCCCGUCGGGCUGCGGGGAGGGGGCGUGGGGGCCGGGCUGCGGAGACAGCCCGCUCCGGACGCCCGUGGACUCCGCGCCGGGUGUUCCCACCUCCCGCGCCACCCCGCCCCCUCCCGCAAGUCCAGCGCAGGCCACGUCAGCGGACGCAGCGCUCAACGAGCGCGCUGAUCCCUCCGCGCAGCCGCUCAGGUCGGCCACCCGGAGCCCACCAGAUGCAGCCCCAAAGCCCAGUCUUCACAGGAGAGCAUUUUGGGUCUGGGCUGGGUGGGUCUUGCGAGGGGCACGGGCGGUCGACUUCCCCGCCGCGGGCGGAGGGGCAGCCGAGGCUUUGAGUCGCCGGGGCGCCUCAAGCAGGGCGGCCCUGAGGGGGAGGAACGCAGCAAAAUGGCGGCCGUCCCUAGUUUCUCCGUGGCAGAAGCCGGACGAUGAAGCGGGCUCUGAGACAAUGCAGAUCUUCGUGAAGACCUUGACGGGUAAGACCAUCACCCUGGAGGUGGAGCCCAGUGACACCAUCGAAAAUGUCAAGGGGAAGAUCCAAGAAAAAGAGGGCAUCCCCCCAGACCAGCAGAGGUUGAUCUUUGCUGGGAAACAGCUGGAAGAUGGG